UGUUGUUUGUUUUCUCUUUUAGCUUUGAAAGUUUGAAACAUUUAUUGAACUAUUCUUAUAUUACAUACAAUGGGAACUCCUGAGCUUCAAGGAGAUGAUUGGGAGCUGCCGUGCUCAGACGACGAAUUGUCUAAAGCCGGCAUUACCAUUGGCAAAAACUGGAUGCCAGAUCCGGCAGAACUGGAAGAACUUUAUAAGAAUAUCGAAAAAACUGGCACUCUGAACCUGGAAUGGAAGUGCCCAGGUAGGCGAGCGCCCUCGCCGGUGGCAGUGAGUAAAUCGAAUCAACUAGAAAUGCCUGUGUCGCCGGUCAGAGAAGAGAAAUCAGAUUUCGAUUUUAUGGAUGAAGUGAAUUCGCUGAAAUUACGAGUACGCAGGGAGGGUGAAGACACACUGAGGGGUUCGGCUAAAAAGAAAACUACAUCAUUUGAUGGGAUCCUGUCGAACAUGAUCAGACACAAACGGAUCGAGCAAAUGGAGAAGCAAGCGAAUACACCAGUCUCAAGCUCACCAUCACAACCUAGUUGAUAUAUGAACUAGAGGUAGUCUUUAUAGAAAGUGUAAAAGGACUCCUUUUUGUGUAUCUAACCAGAGUGCAGUUUGAACUAUUAUACUAGCCAAGAUAUGCACCCGGUGUUUAUGACA